AUAUCUGAACGCCAAACCAAAUAAGUUAUUCAGUUCAUUCUCACGUGUCGUAAAGUAUAUAUCUGUUAAAAUUUCUAGUUUUUCUAAAAUUCAUGUGUUUUUCAAUUGUUACAUAAAAUAGAUUUUUGUAUUAUAAGUGAAAAAUAUUUAGAAAAAAAAAAAAAUACUAAAACUCAAGUGAUAUUAUUAAAUCGUGAAAUCUGUUCCCACCUUUCGAGAUGUUCGGAUUAACGCGCCGGUUCGCCUUUUGCAUCGCCAAGAAACCCCAACUAUGUCGGGAAUACGCGUCGCAAGCCAUUAACCAGAUGCUGAUGCUGCAGCAAAUGGACAUCUGCGCCGAUCAGCCCUCCCGUGGACUGAUUAUCGGUGUCUAUGCAGAUGAGGAGGACAAGAAUGAUGCAGGUAUUCUGACACACGCCGGCUGGCGCUACAAUGUCCAGAAGACCAAUGGUCGCCUGAUCGAGGUGCUCCGCAUGUCGGGGCCCAUGCCUAAGCGUGGCGAGGCCCGCCUCUUGUUUGCCAUUGAGCCCGAGCGCAUUCCUUACUACUCUGUUGUUGCCGUUGUUGGCCUGGGCAAGGAAUGCUUGGGAUACAAUCCCUAUGAGGUUCUCGAUGAGCAGAAGGAGGCCAUUCGUCGCUCCGUGGCAAAGGCUUGUCAGGUUCUUGCUGAACUUGAUACCGAUCGUAUUGAGGUUGAGAACUGCGGCCAUGCGGAAUCUGCCGCUGAAGGAGCAGCUUUGGGAAUUUGGGCCUAUCAGGAAAUGCGUGAUCCGAAGACUCGCAUUUCCGUGCCUACUAUCGAUUUGUACGCUCUCAAGGACGAGACCUGUGACAUUGAGGGAUGGCGCAUUGGUCUUCAGAAAGCGGCUGCACAGAACUUAACCCGGCAGCUACAAGAGAUGCCUUCCAAUCUGCUGACUCCCACGGCAUUUGCACAGAAUGUCGUCGAAGUUCUGUGUAAGUCAGGCGUCAAUGUUGAGGUCAAAGUUGAGGGCUGGGCAGAGAGUCAGUCGAUGCAUGCUUUCCUUGCGGUAGGCAAGGCAUCCUGUGAGCCACCCAUUUUCCUGGAACUGAGCUACUAUGGCACGUGUGCCGAGGAACGUCCCAUAGUCCUCGUCGGCCAAGGAAUAACAUUUGAUGCUGGUGGCUUGUGUCUCAAGAAGCGCGGAGAGCUUUACCACAUGCGUGGCGACAUGACCGGAGCUGCUGUUGUGGUAGCCACCUGUCGAGCAGUGGCGGGACUCCGAUUACCAGUCAACAUUCGCGGUCUCAUUCCACUUUGCGAGAACGUUAUUGGUUGCAACUCAUUCCGUCCUGGCGACAUGGUCAAGUCUAUGAAUGGAAAGACCAUUGAGGUCCAGUGUACUGACCACGAAGAUGUCCUGGUUCUAGCUGAUGCGUUGCUGUACGGUCAGAACUUCUGUCCCAAGUGCAUCAUUGACAUUGGCACCUGUUCCGGCUAUAUGCGUCAGGCCUUGGACGAGGCUGCCUGUGGUAUCUUCACCAAUUCAGAGAUCCUCUGGCAACAGAUAAAGCACGCGAGCAUGCACACUGGAGAUCGUGUCUGGCGUUUCCCAUUGUGGAACUACUACAGCAAGGCAGUUCGCGCCGGAGAACGCAGCGAUGUUCAGAACUACGGUAUUGCUCGUGGUGGACGUCCUUGCAAGGCAGCUGCCUUCCUCCGCGAAUUUGUGCCGUGUGGCCAAUGGAUGCACAUUGAUGCCACCAAUGUUAUGGUAACCAAUGGAGUUGACUUCGAAUAUCUCAGGCGUGGAAUGGCUGGACGUCCUACCAGAACCCUCAUUGAAUUCAUUGCGCAGACCAUUUGCAAGGACACUGCGCCAAAAAUGGGAAAAUAAAAUUUGUAUGCAAUGUUAAUUAGAGACGAGGGACAGAAAAAAAUAUUUCAGGACUAAUUUGGUUUAACGUUUUAUUAUUGUAGGGUUUCCUGUUAAUGCAAAUUAAAUGUACAACUUCGUGUAAAAAAAAAUCUCA